AUGAGAGUAUGUUAUUUAAGAGGAACGUUGGUAGGAAUAAUAACAUUCAUUUUUUUGUCUAGCAUUUGUAAUGUUUAUAAUAUGGAUUCUUUAUUUUUUAACAACAAGUUAUAUAUGUAUAACAUUUUAAAAGGGAAUCAUAUACAUAUGAAUGAUUUGAAUAUCAGCAGAAGUUAUUUAUUUAAAGAGCCAGAAAAUAUAAAUAUAGAUUUAGCUUUGUCUGCAUUGAAAGGUAUAGAUAUUGAAAAUGGAAAUAGACUUGAUUAUAAAAAUAAAAAUAAUAAUGAUUAUAAUAUAAAUGUAGAAAGGAUUGAAUGGAAUAAAAUGAAUAAGAAGGAUUUUAUUUAUUCAAUAGAUGAUGUAGAUAAUGAAUUAAUAAAAGGUUUGCCUGAUAUAUAUAAUAUAAAUAAUAUUCAAAAGGAUAUAAGAAAGAAUAUGUUAAAAUAUAUAAAUAAUUAUAGAUAUGAUAUUGAAGAUAUGGAAAUAAUAUCUAAAGGAGAAAAUAAAAUACCAUAUAUAUAUAAUAAUAUAUUAUUAAUAUUAUUAAUAUUUUUUAUGUAUAUUUUUUGUAUUAGAAUAUUAUAUGAUGGAUAUAGAAAAGGCAAAAUGGUUGCAAAGGAUUUCAUAUCUAAAAUAUCGACAUUAUUUAUAUUUUUUGUUUUAUUAAAAAGUACCUUAUUAUUAUUCCCACCUGUAUUAUGUGUAUUACUUUGUAUAUUUUUGACAUUUUAUUUUUAUAAUAUAUCGAUGAAUGCUUGUGAAGAUAUAUAUUUUUUAAAUAUUGAAAAAAUAAGAAAGGAACCUAUAGGAUGGGUUUUUAUAGUAUUUUCUCAGUCCAUUUUAUUAGGAAAUAUUAUAUAUCACUUAUUAUUUCGACCUAGUGUAUUUAUAUUAUUACAUAAAAUUAUAGGAAAUUAUUUUAUUGAACAUAUUUUAUGUGUACUUAUUUUAAUAGUUAUGUCCAUUUGUAUCUUUUUUUUAAUGAUAAGUAAUAUAUUUUCAGCUACCAAAUUACAAAAUUUUGUUUUUACCUUUACCUCAUCCUAUUUUCUUUUAUCGUUUUGUUCUUAUAUUUAUAAUUUAUUAAUGUUCUUAAUAUAUCAUAAAAGAAAAAUAUUCAACAUAAUUCAAAUAGAGCCUUAUAUCUUCUUUUCAUCAACUAGUAUCUUUUCAUUUAAUCUUCCGAAUUGUUUUAUUCUCUUGUGUCUUUUUUUUAUGACAUUCAUACCACUCAUACUGCCCAAAAUGAAGCUUCGUAAAAACAAAAGAGGAGCAAAAAAAAAAAACCAAAAAAAAAAUGACUACAAGGAACCAAAUUAUAAAGCAUACGACAUUAUCUUAAAUUAUUUUACUUAA